CACUGUCACACAUUCACACAGACAGACCCAGACUCCCUCUGUGUGAGAGUCAGUUCCACUGUGAAUAACCAUGAGGAGGGCACUACUGCUGCUCUGCGUAGCUGGCUGCUGUCUGAGUGGAACUGGCAUCACCAUGAGGAGGGCACUACUGCUGCUCUGCGUAGCUGGCUACUGUCUGAGUGGAACUGGCAGCUCUACCUCUCUCCCGGAGGAGAACGGGGUUCUGCAGUUGAAGAAGGAGAACUUUAACCGAGCGCUCCAACAACACAAACAGCUGCUGGUGCACUUCUUUGCUCCUCUCUCUGGGGAUGCCCAGCGGCUGGCGUUAGCGUUCCGUGGUGCAGCGGAGCAGCUGAUUGGCUCGGAGGUGAAACUGGGCGUGGUCGACGUCUCCAAGGAACCCAAACUGACCAAAGAACUGAACGCCACGACUCCACCCCCUCUACGGCUCUACCUAUCAGGAGACAGACACAACCCUGUACCCUGCCCAGUCUUCCAGAAUUCGGCCUCCAUCUUAACGUGGCUGAAGAGGAGGGCGGGGCCUAGUGCUGACAUCAUCACUGACCUGAACCAAUCAGAUCGCUUCGUCGCCUCGGAGGAGCUGGUGGUUCUCGGACUGUUUAAG